AAUGCAUGCAAAAGAAGAAAUAGAAAUGAAUGAGUUCUAGAUCGAAGAUCCAUAAGAACUAUCAAUAGAAGAGCAAAUCUCUGAGAAAAUGAAACCUUAAAUUUCAAACUCAGAAUAAAAAGCCAUCAUAAGAUUUACUGUAUUAUAUUUUGUAAUUGGAAUUCCUGCUGGAUUUUAUGCCUCUUUAACUCUAUUACUUUAGGGAAGUGGCAUUUCAUCAGGUUAGAUGGGUAAGAUGAGAUGAUAAUAUGAUAGCUUUUUGGGUUACUUGUCUUUAUCCAUUAUCUUUCAAAUUGAUCUUGGCUCCUUUUGUGGAUAGUUUCUACAUAAGCAAAUUUGGAAAGAGAAAGUCAUAUGUGAUACCUUCCUUAUAUAUGCUCGGUUUAACAUUUCUAACUUUGGCAUAUAGUGGAUAUUCAUAAUGGAUUGAAGAACUUAAUUUGUAUCCUUUGUUUGGAUUGACUAUAUUACUUACAGUUUUAUAAGCGUGUGCAACAAUAGCAACUAACGGAUGGGUUCUAACAUCCUUUUCAAAACAUUAUGUUCAUUUGGGGGCGACCUGUUAAAUGGUAGGAUUAUCAUUAGGGUAUGUAUUUAGCUAUGCUAUUUUGAUGAACAUCACAUCCUCUUACUUUUGCCAUUAAUAUUUAGGUUUGGACUAACCUAUAAUAUCAUUGAAUUCAUAUACUUACAUUCUUGGAUCCCUAAUUUUAUUUAUUGCUAUCCUAACUUAAUGUUUUGCUAAUGAAGAUUAUGUGGAAGAAGAAAAGCCAAAUUUUUUAUAAGUCUUAAAAUUAUCAUUUUCAUUGUUAAGAAAUCCAAAUUUAAGAUUUUUAUUACUCUUUUUAUUAACAAGGAGAUUUGCAUUCGCUCCAGUAAUAGCUUCAACAUCAUUAAAUUUAAUUUAAAUGGGGUUUCCUCAAUCUGAAUAUGCAACAAUUGAAGCAAUAUGCACUACUUCUUGGAUUUUGAGUUCACUGUUGGUUGCUAAAUAUUUAUAAAGAGGGAGAGAAAUGACCUGGGUCUUAAAUGCUUAUUAUUUCAUGUUUUUGGUUAUGGGUGCACAUUUUGUUUAUGUCAUCAGUUUCAUUAAAAUGGGGGGCUAUAAUAAUAUUACUUAAACUAUUUAUGUAAAAAAUAUUAUCUUAUUUAGUUCUUUUUAUAAUAUUUGUAUGAAUUUAAUAAUUCAUUCAUUUCAUGUACAUUGUCAGGAUUUUUUUUGAGGAUUGCUGAUCCAUCAAUAGGAGGAACCUAUGCUACCUUAUUAUUUAGCAGCUAUUUAUUUGGAACUUAGUUUUCAGCAAGUGUUUCAUUAUUUUUAUUACAUUUGCUCCCCUAUAAAACUGUUGUGCUAUUAGGAUGGCUAUAUGGAUUAAUUUACUUUACAGUAAUUAAAGAUAAAUUAAUGAAGUUACAAUUGUAAAAAUAUAAUUUAUAUUAAAACUAGUUUUGACUUAAAAUCUUGGAAGGUCAUAUGA